AGUCUACUUCUGCUUUUGUGAGCGGAGCUCGAGGUCGACGUCAGGCGAUCGAGAGGUGAAGAGGAAGCUGAGAAGAGGAAGUGGGGAGAUCGAUUUGGUGGCGCGGAUUGGCGGGUUGGGACUUAAAGGGAAGAGGGGGAUGAAUGGUGGUGAGGAAGGGAGAGGAGGAGGAAGAGGAGGGGAGGAGGAGAUGGAGGAAGACGGGAGGGAGGCGAUGGUGGUGGAGGUGAAGGAGGAGGAGAGGGCGAGUGAGAAGACGGUGCUGAUGUGGGGUUAUCUCCCAGGUGCGUCGCCUCAGAGAUCGCCGCUGCUUCAACCGGUGGCCGUCCGAAUGCCGGACUCGCAAGCCGGAGACUGCUGGAAAGACGUCAGCGGCGGUGGAUGCGGUUUCGCCUUGGUCAUCUCAGAGUUUGGCAAGCUUUUUACAUGGGGUUCGACUGAUGAUAUGGGGCAAAGUUAUGUUACAUCAGGAAAGCAUGAGGAGACUCCUGAAGUAUUUGACCUCCCAACUGAGGUGCCCAUAGUCAAGGCAGCUGCUGGAUGGGCUCAUUGCGUAGCAGUCACAGCUCAAGGAGAUGUCUAUACUUGGGGAUGGAAAGAGUGUGUCCCAACUGGGAGGAUUAUGAGAGACCAAUCAUUUCCUGGAGGGACAUCAGAAAAGGAGGAAAAACAUGGUGGAUUCCUGAGCGAUCAAGCAAGCCCUAGGUCCCAGGGGUCAAGAACUAGUGGAUCUGGUUUUGAUAGUAGGGUUGGUGAUGAGAAUACUAAGAGAAGAAGAAUAAAUUCAGUUAAAGUAGGACCAGAAAGUUCAUCAUCAGGGGAUGAAGCUCUUUCAGCGCCUCCAUGUCUUGUAAUUCUCAAUGUGGGAGUACAUAUCUCAAUUGUUGCUACUGGUGGACGGCAUACACUAGCAUUAUCAGAUGCGGGUCAAGUGUGGGGAUGGGGAUAUGGAGGAGAAGGACAACUUGGUUUGGGUAGUCGUAUACGAAAUGUGUCUUCUCCUCAUCCUGUACCUUGUUUAGAAUCAACUUCUUUCAGUAAAGAACGAUCAUCCAUUGCUAUGAAGGGGAAUCAAGAUGGCCAGUCUUAUAAAAUCAUAGGGAGCUCUGUCACGACCAUUGCUUGUGGUGGUCGACACAGUGCUGCAGUUACAGAUACAGGAGUGUUACUUACUUUUGGCUGGGGGCUUUAUGGCCAGUGUGGACAAGGAAGUACGGAGGAUGAACUGAAUCCAACUUGUGUUUCAUCUCUUCUGGGUGUCGAAAUUCAAGGAAUUGCUGCUGGCUUGUGGCACACUGUGUGCACAUCUAUUGAUGGUGCCGUAUACACCUUUGGGGGAAAUCAGUUUGGGCAGUUAGGAACUGGUUCUGAUCUAGCAGAGACUCUUCCAAAACUAUUGGAUCAUCCAUGCCUAGAAAACAAGAAUGCUAAAGUAGUCUCUUGCGGAGCACGCCAUAGCGCCAUGAUGACAGAGGAUGAGCAGGUUUUUUGCUGGGGAUGGAACAAAUAUGGCCAGCUCGGUUUAGGGGAUGCGAUUGACCGAAACACCCCAGCAUUGGUUCCACUCGGAAGCCACAGGCCAAAAAACGUUUCUUGUGGGUGGUGGCAUACCUUGGUUUUUGCCGAGUCUCCUACAUGAUGCUUGUUAUUAAGACGUCGACAUGUCUAUUAUCAUUCACAAUUUUGUUAGAAUCAGUAGGUUUUCAACUAUAUGCAUAUGUAUAUAUAGAGCAGUGUUAUGCUGCACCUAGCGUGCGCGAUUGAGAGGCUUCCCGCGUGGGCAGGUGCGCUCAGUGCGUGCAUGGGAUGUGCAAUAUAACAUUUCUAUGUAUAUAUAUACUGGUGAAAUAGGCAUAAGCUUUUGCAUGUGAAUCAUUCUUUGUAUGAUUCCGGCGACAAGGAUCCUCAGGUCCAUUUUUUAUGGACCAGGGGAUGAUCCACAAUAUAAUUGUGGCUGCGAUUUGGAUGUAGUUGGUUACGAUCCUUUCUUGGAUUCACCUUCUCAUCUUGGUUAUGGUUUAGAUCAGUGGGUAGAUGACCAGACUCUCAUGUGCCGAGCGGGGUGGCUUUCUGUCUUCCAUCCCAAUCCAAACUAUAAUUGGAUGGGAAGGUGAGUCCAGAGAGGAAUCACAAUCAAUCAUGGCUACAAUCCAACUGCAAUUAUAUUAUGGAUCAUU